GGGGCCGUGUCGGAGGGGAACUUUUACGGCCCGGGCCGCGCGGCACCCUGGGACACGUAGUUCGGCGCCAGGCCGCGGCUGGACUACAACUCCCAGGAUGCCCCUGGACGGGGGCGAGCGAGGCGGCGCGGCGGCCUCCGAGGCCCGACGGUGUCAGCGGCUGCUGCGCGAGCGGGGAUUCGGCUGCUUAAACACAUGCGCUCAAGGAGCUGCCGGGGCCGAGGAGGCCGCUGCGUGUUCCGCCCUUCGGGAGCCAUCGCCUACGCGGCGGGACCUCCCCGCCCAAGGGAUUCUGGGGCUUGUUGUUUCCGAGAGGAUGGAGGCGGACACCUGGAGGACGCGGCGUGGCGGCUCAGCCCCCGGCGGCCCCGCGGGGCUCGGACGGCGCCAGGCCCGGAGUGGACGGCGGGGGCCAGGGCGAGAGCCGUGCGGGCGGCUGCGGCGAGGCCACGCGCGACCCGCCGAGCCCCCGGGCCCGCAGCCUCCGAGCUGUCGGGGACCCGCUCGCGGAGGAGAAGCGCAGCCGGCGGUGUUCGCUCCGGGACUCCGGGCGACUAAAGGGGUGUGUGCAGGGCAGGCAGGUCCUGGGGUGCACGCAGAUCUCCUCCUUGAUGCUUAUUUUACCCUGACACCGCCUGAGUGACAAAGUCCACUGGGUGGACAACGUGAUUUUCAUCUACCAAAUGCAGAAGAUUUGGAAGGCCGCAUAUUCAUUUUUCUGUGUUGUAUCAGUUAUCCGUUGACACCAUAAUCUGAUGACAAACCCGCCGAAGACUUAGUCCUGCUGCUCACAAGUCUGUGGAAGCUGAGCCUUAAUCGGAGCUCGCGUGGAUCGUGGUUGAGCUCUCCCGCGGGCCGGAGGUCGGCUGCCUGUUUUCUGGAUGAGGAUGGUCUCUGCUGCUCUUCACUGGUCUCUCACAUCCCUGCGACGGACAAGCUGGGGCAAGUUGCCACGCUGGGGCAGAGAUUCAGGAGUGAAUAAGCUCAUUGCACAAGAGAGCGAGCAGAGAUGCACAGGUGCUUUUCAAGCCCCUGCUUGUUCACGUCUGAUCACAUUGGGCUGGCCUGGGUGAGUUACAUGGCUGAACCCACACUUAGAGGGGGACGGGACUCCAGAGUCACAAGCAGAGGACGGGGAGACAAGGAGCCCUCAACUGGGGCCACUGGUAUAAUACAUAGCUGUGUUUAUAAGCUUUGCUUAUCCGUUUAAUAAAUUCAAUAUAGUUUCUUUCA